ACGUGCGCAGUCUCACUCUGUGCUUUGACAGCCUGAUUUCGGUGACGAAGUGGGUCGGAUGGCUAUCUCUGGAUACUGAGACUGUUUCGGAUCUACCGGUGCCCAUUUAUGCCCUUAUACAAGAACGCAAAAACCCGCUCGUCUCUGUCUGCCACAGUCAACCCUUAGUCUUCUGAUUCUUCAGGAGACACUCAGCAAGACACUUUGAUUGUGCAUUCUCGGGAUGGAUGGACUAGCAGCUAAGCAUUCGCGAAUGCGUCUUCCUACUCUACUUGCGCACGUCGCGCAGACCAUUUUGGCUUUCGUAAUUCUGGGCCUCGCAGCAUACGGAGUCGAAUACAUCUCGUACAAUGUCUUGAUUUACUCCAUUGCAGUGAAUGUCUGCAGUCUGGGCGUGUCAUCCUGGCUGCUCGUCUCACGCACAUUUCUCUCGAAAUUUGACAACAUCUGGAUUGCCCUGGGCCUGCAUGCUUGGAUGCUUGUUUUCUGGAUCGUCAGUCUUGGACUCACUGCCGACCUGACAAAGGCGUGGAGCCCUCAGUGCUCAUACACCCCCGAAGCCGGCAAGAUCUGCUCAACAUUUGUUACCAAGCGAGACACCACGUUCCGUACAUAUUACGGAGUGCUGGUCGUAAGCUCUGUACUCAUUGGUCUUCAGGUAAUUCUUUGGCUCGGCACCACCGCGCUCCUCGCCCUCGAUCUCAAGUGUCGCUGCUCCACGGUCACACAAUCUCAUACUGUUGGCGCAGGACCUCGCUUCUCCAACGACUCUCAGACGACCGCAGGCGACAUUGAGAAGCCCAAUACAUUCGACUAUGUUAGUGCGACACCCGUCCGUAAAGAAGCAGAGCCAGUCAUACCGCUGCCAUCUCCAGAGAUCAGUGGCGUCAAGCAAGUAGAGCCGUUUCAACCUGAUCAGCCCACACAGCAUAAUCCCCGGUCGACAUUAGAUCAAGCAAGCAUCCCAACAUCACCCGCCCCGUCUGAGAUUGAAUGGAUCGGCCUAGAUGGCAUAGAUAGUGUGGGGUCACCGGUGCCUUCGUCACGAGUGCUGAGUCAGUACGCUACGCAUUGGGAUGUUGUGAAUGAGGCGCGUCCUAUUGAACGAGGUCCUCAGACGAAUCGGAUAUAGAGAGAGGCUACAAUUGAAGAAAGACGUAGAUAACAUCGAGGUGGUGAUGCCAUAAUAGCAUUUGUACAUCUUUCGUCACUAUUGACUGUCACACAUGCCAUGUAAACGCAAGUAAAGUAUAGACAGUAGAGACUCAAUGCCUUCAACGAUGAUGCAACCGGAUAUGUCCGCUCAGA